AUGUCCUACUCACCUCAUCAACAAAAUCAACAAUACUACGCUAGCCCUCCUCAACAACAGCAAUACUAUGCUCCUCCCGGUGGACAACAGCAACAAUACUACCCACCUCAACAAGGCGGCUAUUAUCAGCCACAACCUCCUCCACAAACCAUUAUUGUCCAGCAACAGCCUCAAAGAAAGGAUGAUAGCGAUUGUUGUACUGCUUGGUAA